GUAGGAGAAUAGUGCUCUUGGGAAUUUCCUGAUUUGGAAAGCCCAGCACUGAGUGAGCGGGGGAGGAGCACAUUUAUAAAACAGCAACAUGUGGCUGAACGGCUCAGAGUCAACGCUCAGCUUGCCUCCAAUAUGCAGCUUUACCCCCAGUCAGUGUGUCGGCUCGCCUUCCUGAGCCUCUGCUGUGUGCUGAUCACAGUGAAUGAGUCAGAGGGCACGUUUGUCCCAGGACGAUGCUUGUGUCCGCAAUCGCAGUCAAGAAUCAGAGGGCACCUGAAAGAGCUCACAGUCUACCACAAAAGCCCCAGCUGCAACACGGUCACAGUCAUAGUGACUCUGAAGAGAAAUAAUGAACUCGUGUGUCUGAAUCCAGAGGCACCGCUGGGCAAACAGCUCAUCCACUGCUGGAACAGAGCUCAUAAGUUGGGCCGUGAUGUGAAACUCUGCCUGAAGAGGAGGAGAGGCCGAGGCAGGAAGCGCAUGCGCUCUCGACAGAGGAGCCAGGGUCAAAACAUGAGAGCCUCAUCUUCAAGCUCCUAAUGGUUGACCGGCCACCUUCAACAAAGCUACAGCACGGAGAGUAGUGUGAACAUACAGACUGUUGCCAACCUGCAGGUGUUUAACUCCAGGCCACCAGUGACAAUGAUUUUCUGUCCCACAGCUCAGACAUCAUGAUCCCCUGAAUUUCCAUCUGGGUAGCAAAGCAAACUUUUCUAUGCCAGCAGCAGGGGGGGUUUAUUUAUGCAACUCACUGAUAUAAUUGAAAGCUAUACAAGCCCUGGAGGUUUGUCACAACAGGUAAACAUUUAAGCUUUAUAACCCGAUCAACUAUAUUGUAAAUGUGUAGUUCUGUGUAGGCAGCUGGAAAAGAUAACUGAACAUGUUGUUGGGUAUUUAUUGUUUAUGUAAAUAUGGACUUUUUUUAAGCACUUUUUUAAAAAAUAAACCUAUCUGAACAAU